CUCAAAACCGAGCGGCGUGCUCAGAGGCGGAGAUGCCGCACUGUGUGUGUGAACGCUCCGCGAGGAUCCGAGGCGCAGAAGGCAGGACAGCGGGACAGCGCGCAGCUCCGCACCGCAGACUCGGGGAUCAUUGCAGACGCUCUUCAGACCAGCCGGACUGUAAAUGAAGAGGAGAUACCGAGUCAGUAGGCACGGACGAAACACCAUGGAAAGCCCAAUGAGCCGCUGUAAGAUUGUUGUUGUCGGGGACACGCAGUGUGGGAAAACGGCGUUGUUGCACGUAUUUGCAAAGGACUGCUACCCAGAGAAUUACGUUCCCACGGUCUUCGAGAACUAUACGGCAAGCUUUGAAAUAGAGAAGCAGAGGAUUGAGCUCAACAUGUGGGACACGUCAGGUUCCUCCUACUAUGACAAUGUGCGGCCCUUGGCCUACCCCGACUCAGAUGCUGUUCUUAUCUGCUUCGACAUCAGCCGCCCAGAGACUCUGGACAGCGUCCUAAAAAAGUGGCAGGGAGAGACCCAGGAGUUCUGCCCCAAUGCCAAGGUGGUCCUGGUGGGAUGCAAGCUGGACAUGCGGACAGACUUGAAUACGCUGCGGGAGCUGUCGAAGCAGCGGCUCAUACCCGUCACACACGAGCAGGGAAGCACACUGGCCAGGCAGAUCGGUGCAGUAGCCUACGUAGAGUGUACAUCCAAAGUGUCCGAGAACAGCGUCCGCGACGUGUUCCACAUCACCACGCUGGCCUCUGUCAACAGGAUACACAAGAACCUGAAGCGCAGCAACUCCAAGAGAGGACUCAAGCGUGUGUCCCAGCUGCCUGGACGGACUGAACUGUUGGAAAACCCAGAAAUGAGGAAGGACCGGGCCAAGAGCUGCUCUAUCAUGUAAAAUGUCAAAAUAUUAUAAUAAGGAUGAACUUUGUAUUUAUUGUUAAUUUUUUUUCUUGCACUGGCAACAACAGGGUGAGAAGAAACCUGAAAGAACAGUCCUUGCUUAUUUGUUUUACUUUGCUAGACGCAUUUGUUUUGGGUAACUAGGCCUCAGAUGAAGAGUUGUGUUGGAGGGAUGUUUAAAUUGCUGAACGUGAUUUCGCCCCACCUCUGGUCUUCAUGAGUUCUGGAUCAGCUGUGGCUGAGCAUUUUUUGGGGGAAAAAAAACCAAACUGUUGGGUGAAAGCUUAUUAAAGUGGGGAAUGUCUGAGGAAGGAUGACGUGACUUUUUGUUUUCUGGAGCAGUGAAUGGCCUAGCAGUGGCAAACUCCAUGUGUUUUGGGAGUUUGUAUUGUGUAAGAAAAGGAUAAAAAGGAAAUGAGUGCUGGAGUGAUAGCAAAAGUGAAAGGGUCAAGCCAGAAAGUGUUAAAAACCGUAUCCUCCUUUCAUGAAUCCUGGAAAGGUUUGCUAAAUCAUGUUACGUACAGGCUAAUUCAUUAAACCACAAGUGCUUUCAAGAUGAAGUCACUUUACAUAUUGUAUCUUCUCUUUUAAACGUUGUUGAUAAUCUUGAGCUUGGUAUGCUAAAGUUUAAUAUUUUUAAAAAUGCUAACUCUUAAGAAAUGAAUGUGUUAACGAUGAAGCACACUCCUGUGGUUUGCAAUUUAUACUGUUCAUACCAGAUGUGAAAAUAAAACAGCUUGUAUUGCA